GCGCGCGCUGCAGUGGUAACGGCACCUCAGAGCUUGGCUGUGCAGCGGCGUUUCUAUGGGAGAGGAACAGAUACAUAGCCGUCUGGAGUCAUUUCUAACCGGGAUGUUGAACAAGUUUCAACUUCUGAACUCCCUCAACAUGGCAUCUCCCAGACAUCGGUGGAGAAUGUACAAGACAGUAGUACUGAUGUUCCUCUUGACCGUGCUGAUGAUCAGUGUGUUUCAAAGAGAUAUCCUGGGCACCAGAGGGGACUUAGAGAUCGAAAGGAAUGCACGGAUGCAGAAGGAAAUCGGAAGCUAUUGGACAGAAAAGCAGGACAAAUCGUCUGAAACCAGAGAAGAACCGGUGUACGAACAAGGUUUAACCAGAUCAUGGGACAUCACUAGCACAAAUUGCAGUAUCAACACAAAUAUUUCUUCUAUAAAUGGUUUCGCUGAACUGGAGGAGAACUUUAAACAGUUUCUCCUCUACAGGCACUGCAGAUAUUUCCCAAUGAUCAUCAACCACCCAGAGAAAUGUUCUGGAGACGUGCAUCUCCUCAUGGUGGUAAAAUCCAUCAUUUCGCAGCACGAUAGACGCGAAGUGAUCCGGCAAACUUGGGGAAAGGAACAAGUCAUAGAUGGCAAGAGGACCAAGUUACUCUUCCUGUUGGGAACUUCCUCUAAUGAAGCAGAGAAGACGAACCACCAGAAGCUUCUGGAAUACGAGGAUUACAUCUACGGUGACAUCCUGCAGUGGGAUUUCAUGGAUACAUUCUUCAACCUCACCUUAAAAGAGACCCACUUCCUGAAAUGGUUCUCCACCUACUGUGGGAACGUGCACUACAUCUUCAAAGGCGAUGAUGAUGUCUUUGUUAGCGUGACCAACAUUCUCGAAUAUCUGGAAAGCAGCAAUAAUACGAAGGACCUGUUCGCUGGCGACAUACUUUCCAAAGCGAAACCCAUCCGAAAAAAGCAAAACAAGUACUACAUUCCACCUUUACUGUAUAACAAGACGCAUUACCCAGCCUACGCAGGAGGAGGGGGGUUUCUGAUGAAUGGCCCGCUGGCACAACGGCUCUCUUUGGCAAGUGAUAUGCUGGAGCUGUUUCCAAUCGACGACGUGUUCCUCGGAAUGUGCUUAGAGGUGCUGCAGGUGACUCCUAUAAAACACAAUGCGUUCAAAACCUUUGGCCUCCUAAAGGAUAAAAAGAGUAAACUGAACAAAGAGCCGUGCUUCUACAAGAGCAUGAUCGUAGUCCAUAAACUCCUCCCUCAGGAGCUUCUGGACAUGUGGAAGCUGGUCCACUCUGACCUUUCGUGCACGCGUAACACCGAACUGAUGUGGGUAGGAUUAGAUAAGAAGAACGUCUAAACAUUUAAUGAAAUGAGAACUAGAUGUAGCCCGGCCCUAUUGUCUUUACGUUGACUUGGUUUUUCAAAUGAAGUGCAACCAAGGACUUUGAUGGAAGGACACUUUUUCUGGACCAACUUGCACAAUUGUUCAGCUAAACAAAACAAAACAAAACAAAACAAACAACAAAAAACACAGCGCCCCUAUUGUCCUUUCCAGCUUGGAGUCCAGUACGGCUCAUAGAUCACUUGCAUUUAAUUGCGAUAAACAUUUGUUUUGACCCAUUCUGUACACUUGCACCCAUUCGAAUUAGUAACUAUGCUGCUAGUUUUGUUUUGUGCUACAGUCAUAUCUGUACAGGUCGUCCUCGACCUACGAUGGAGAGGCGUUCAGAUGACAAUAAUAGAGAAGUCGAGACAUGGCCCAGCCUACCCAGGAGUUGUAAAGCUUCAGUAUGAUUAGUGAUCAGUACGGGGUAGUAUACUGUCAUUUGUAAAUCAUUUAGAGACUAUAGGGUGUAUUCGUACAUAUGGCAGCAGGUACACCGCUACGUUUGCUUGCUGUGCAAAACUUGAAUGUUUUUACAAUUUUGUCAUAAGACUAUCUUCAGCUCGGAAAAUCCUAAGUCGAACCAUCGUAACUCGGGGACCAUCUGUAUGUUAUUAUUACUUUGCGACACGUCCUUGUUUACAAUAAGGUCAGCGAGUGUAUGAUUUGAUGACAAAAAAGUCCUUUCGGCAUGUCUGAAGCGGCAUUGCAUGGCUUUCCUCGAGAAGGCACUUUUCAUACGAAGCCUUUGAGUUUUAUGAAGGUUAAAAAUAGAAGUUAAGAUUUAUUUUUGUAGUGAUGUAUUGUUAUAUUCUAAGUUAUACUGUAGUAAUGGGCAUUUGAUGAUUAUUGUAGCUUCCUUAAUGGAUAUACUGAUACUGAUUUGUGAAUUUAUGUAGCCUUUAGAUGUUCUAAUGAAAUACAAGGUUCCUCUGUACCUCACUCAGGGAGUUCUGAAGGCUUUUCUUCAUCUAGAGCAGUGUUUCAGGUCUGUUCUCGCCAUUUUCUCCUCGAACAGCUCACGUGACUUUGAUUAGAUGAGCUUUAAAGGAAUUUUGACAUCUCUAAAUCAAUGGAGAACCAGCGAGGCAGUCAAGAGGACAGAAGUAACACUUAACCCGAUGCUACCAUCACCACGCUUCACUUAGUCGUAACACUACAAAAUGGGAGAAUGUUGAAAGGUACUGUAUAUCCGAGCAAUACAAAAUUGUAAUGCUCAUAGGUUUCAUUUGUCCAAUUUGACUCAUGACUGCUUUCCACUGUUAGCACAUCAUGCAGGCAUUUCAAAGAAACCAUACACUCAUGCUUUAAGAGCACACGCCCAUUUCUCAUAAUGUGUGUAAUGUGUACUAAGGUACUCUUAACAAUAGUACUGAAAUACAGGCUAGCGUUUCUCUUGUAGCAUUUAGAAAGUUUUAAACCGUCUCUUCAAGUCUGUGUCAAUGUCUCCUGUCCCAGUUGCAUGAAUCACACAACUGAAACUUGUCAUUUCUGUACGUUUUGUUCAGUCAGUGUCUUCCAGAUCUUUUAUUUUUUUUCUGUAUUUUAUUUAUUUAGGAUUAAUGACUAAAACUCGUGUUGUGUGAUUUAAGACACAGCAGAAAUAUGAGGAUGGAUAUUUUCCAGUCCUGCAAGGUCACAUUUUAUUUGACUUUACCCCGACAGUCCAAUGUUAGAUUUUGUAUAUUAAACUGUGAAAUUAAGAAAUUACUCUGGUACUUAAAAGAGGAGAGUUUUAUGGUUUGGGGUCUAUGAGAUUUAAUUAUGCACCUUUUUCGAUUCAGACUUUUCUGAAUUCAAAUUACUGAAUUUCUCUUUUUUUUUUUUUAUUGUUCAAAUCAACAAAAAUGUGGAGACCUUUAUUGUAAAUAAAAGUUUACAAAAAGU